AUGGGGAAGCAGAAUAAGGCCAGGAAGAAGGCCUUUACCCGGAGAAGUAAAACCGGGUGUUUGACAUGUCGGAAACGAAGAAUCAAAUGCGACGAGACAAGGCCGAUGUGUAGAAACUGUGUGAAAUCUUGCAGAAACUGCAUCUACAGACACGGCACCGCCAUUGCAGGCCAAGAGGUUGCUCAGGUUGACUAUACGCAGAACAAUGGCGUUGUUACCCGUUUCUUACCAACCCCAAUUCGGUUACAACCAAAAAUGCAACCGGCUUAUUAUAGAUCACUUUCUCGAACUCUAGAACCAUUAGAAUACGUUGUUGUUCCUGCAUUUUAUCUUUUGCAACGAUAUAUACCUAACCAAUAUGACAACUACGUAUCAUAUUUAGUUAGACGUACAUCCCACGCUAUUUUCCUUCAACCUUCAAACGGUACCUUCUCUAGUGAAAAUCAUUUAGAACCUUCCUCGAACCCGCCAUUGUUGAAAUUGCAUCAACACUCUAGUUACUACCAUUCAUACUUGCAUCCUCCAACCCAAUAG